CACGGUCACCGUCACUCAGUCUCUGUGGGCAUUGUGUAGUGCAUGGACGGUCACAUUAUAUUCUACCACCAAGCUCAGAGAGAAGGAAAUUCCAAGGAUCACGUAUUGCAAACGGGCGACACACUGGGCAAUUUUGGGAGUUUACUUCAGAAUGCCAGUUUUCCGUAUUUGGUGUGGUGAUCGCAUCAUAAGGAAAUCGGUUGUGUCAGUAGCAGAAAUUGAAGAACUAAAGAAAAAAGCAACACAAAAACUCUGUUUGGAGUUGGUAGGACCUACGAAGUUAGUUCUAGAGAAAUGUGAUACAGAAGUGGACGACGAUGAGGUGUUGGAAGAAAUUGCUGAUGAAGUCUUAUUAUUGUUGGCUGAUGGACAAACUUAUACACCAUCUGUAGCUCAGCAAAUACCUGACUCUGCUCGAAGUUUGGUAGCAUGUACUACAGGCGAUGUACUUCAACCCAGCAGGAGUGCAAGUGACAACGAAGUGGCAAGCACAAGUUCAAGUGGGACAGAGGCAUAUGCCAGUCACAAAUCAUCUAAUACAUUAUUUAAUUGA